CCUAUUUCUAGGGAAUAUUAAGAUGGUACACUGUAUUUUUUAAAUAUCUUAUUUCGCGGGCUACUACUUAUUAGCCAGUGGAUUGGCUUGUGUGACUGUUAUAAGUCUUUUACAAGUUUCAAGGUAUGAUGUUUUUGUUAAAAUAGUAAAUUCUUACCAUUAUGCAGUAUUUAAUUAAACUUUAUUACGUUCUUUAUGCUUCAAAUAGUUGUAAAUUUGUGUAAGUAGGAUUCUGCGCCGGGAGGAUGCCGGCAGAGCGCACUUUGCGCCAUAAGUGUCAAUUGCUAUCGGUUUUAGUUAUUUAUUCGCAGCAGCACAAUUUGAAAAUGUCGGACAGUUCUGACGAUGAAGUAAACGGCGGUGAAGAAAUCAGAGAUCCGUGGAUCCCGUACAAAGAUAAGGAAGAAUGGAAGGACGUAACACCUUUGCCACAAGACGAUGGUCCUCAUCCAAUUGUGGCUAUUGCUUAUACAAACAAGUUUAAGGAUGUGUAUGAUUACUUUCGGGCCAUCCUGAAAUCUGGGGAAAAGUCAGAAAGAGCCUUGGCACUUACUGUAGAUUGUGUCUCCUUGAAUCCUGCAAAUUACACAGUAUGGCAAUAUCGAAGGGAGAUUUUAAAGGCUUUAGGAAAAGAUUUAAAAAAAGAAUUAACAUAUGUGGAUGUAGUUAUCAAGCAUAAUUCCAAAAACUAUCAAGUUUGGCAUCAUAGGAGAGUAAUUGUCGAAUGGCUUCAGGAUGCCAGUGAAGAAUUAGCAUUUACUGAAGACAUUCUGAGAAAGGAUGCAAAAAAUUAUCAUGCUUGGCAGCAUCGUCAAUGGUGUAUGAAGACUUUCAAUCUCUUUGACAUGGAAUUGACAUACGUUGAACGAUUACUGCAGGAAGAUGUUAGAAACAAUUCAGCAUGGAAUCAACGAUACUUCGUGUUAAGCAAUACUACAAAAUUUGAAUCAGAUGUAAUAGAACAGGAAGUUGAUUUUGCAUUAAACAAAAUAACGUUGGUCAAAGGAAACGAAAGUGCCUGGAAUUAUUUGAGAGGUAUAUUGAUGCACGACACUAACGGAGGUUUAGGACACAAUGAAAAGGUGUUAAAAAAGUGCAAAGAACUGUUUGAUAAAGGCUGCCGAACCAAUUACUUACUAGCCUGUAUAAUAGACAUUUCUCAAGAGAGGCAAAAUGAAAAUGAGCCACCCGAAUCAAUAUAUCACAUUGAUCAUGCACUAAUGUUAUGCAAAGAGCUGUCUGAAAAGUAUGACAAAAUACGAAGAAGAUACUGGGAUUAUAUCGGUCAGCAAUUAGAAGAGUCAAAGACCCUUUCGUAACUGUGUAUAGAUUCACUGCGUACAAUAUUAUUUUUGUGCAUGUUACAGAUCCACUAUCUCCUUAUUACGACUCAGUCCUCUUACCAGACAACAGUCCAGAUUCCUCGCACCUGAUAUCCUGAAAAAUCCUACACUCCAAUGGAUCCUUUCCAAUAAAGAUGUCGUCUUCGGACGGCGUGGUCGAGGGACAAAUUAUAUGUAAGUGAUCGCUGCCAUUAACAUAACAAACUAGAUAAAUGAGAAUAAAUAUAUUUAAUCCGCGAGGAGUUUGGUUAACGCGCCACAUACUGUUUCAAAUAAACGGCCUUUGGAGCAAGCUAUGAGAAAUGAAUCAAUGAUGGGAGCCAUUAAUUUUUUUUACGUAACGUAAACGGUAGGAAUGACUAGAAUCAGCACGGUGAAGUUUUUCGCUAUCGAUAGUAUUUUAUGAAUAUUAGAUAUAAAUAAAAGUCUAUUGCUAUAAACUAAUAGGACAAGUAAAACUAUACGUUAUGAGUCACAGUGUACUAUUGUCCCAUUUCUGUUUAUAAUUACCAAAUCAAUAAAAUCAAUACACUCUAAA